AUGAAUGUCCUCUUGAUCAUCCUCUCUGCUGUCAGCAUCAUCAUAGCCAACAACCUCAAUACCUUGGACCCUUGCAUCCUCUCUUGCAUGCUCCAGGUUUUACCCUUGGUUGGAUGCACAGGAAACGACGACGAGGUCGUUCUAUGCGGCUGCAAGAUUAUAGAUAGGUAUACAAUCGUUGCCCCAAUUGCUGAUUGUACCAAGAAAGCUUGCAAUAUUGAGUCGAACGACUUCCCCCAGGUUCUAAAGAGCACCCAGAGUUGUUUGGAUGCCUUCGGGCCCUCUACGAUGCUGUCCGAUAUAACUCUACCACGCUACAUUCCUACUAUAGGAAUCAGUUCAUCUAGCCCGCCUGGCAGUCCAGUCUCGAGUAGUGACCCCAGCAUUCCUUCAGCUAGCACUACUUCAACCGGUACUCCAAAUUCUACUCCAAAUGACAGCAAAGGCACUCUGCAAACGAUCACCACUACUCCCAGCUCAUUAACCACACCGAUUCGUACUCUAGUCAGCACUGUUACGAGCAAUGCCCCGAUAGGUGGUCAAACCAAUGGUCUGACGGCUACUCCCACGGCCUCUCCAGCGCCUUCGUCGGAUGGUCCAGGUUUAUCCCCCGGCGUCAUCGCAACCAUUGUCGUCUCUACUGUGACCGUAAUUGGAGCGCCCUUGUGGCUGAUACGAUGCUACCGACGCCGCAAACCACGAGCGACGUCUUCCAUGGAAGAAAACGCCUCCCCAAAGCCGACAGAGAAACGCAACGAGUCUGUUGUCAUGGGGUAUACUGAGCUACUAGGUUCGACACAGAUGAGGCACGAAAUGCCGUCACACACGCCGCCAAACGCCCCAUUGCCCCUGUACAUUAACACGAUAGCCGAGAUCGAUUCGAAACCCCUCCGAAAGACACCAGAAGUGUCUCCCGAAGACGUAUCGCCGGAAGAUAACAGCAGCCAAGCAAUGUCGUUCAGUACGACGACGGCCGUCUCUCGUCCAGAGCCACCGCAAGCCGCGGACGAGGAGGAGGCCCCGGAAGAGACCCAUACAGAGGCGCCGGAGGACUCUUCAGGGGCCUCGGAUACCGAAGCAGAGCUAGAUAUGCUUCGGAAGAGACAAAAGGAGCUGGAAAGGAAGAGGCAUUAUCUUCAGCAAAUUCAGGAGAUUGACGAGGAGGAGGCGCGGCUUCAGGGACGGAUUGACGAGCUGCAGCGGCAAUCCCAAUCACACGAGAAAUAA